CGUCAUCUCCGCGCGACGCUCGGUUCGCUGUGUGUGUUCGCGGCUCCUGGCGGGUCCACGUGAUUUUUGCGCAAGUGGUCCAGAACGGCCCCGGUCAGGGGGCUGGCGGAGUCCAGUUAAUUCUCUUUGGCGCCCGGGUGACUCGGCGGACCCUUGGGGCCCAGCGGAGACUUAAGGCAUUGUCACUGUAAUUAUUUCUCAUAUCAAUUCCAAACGAUUAGCCCUUGGAUAACAGUAAUUAUAUUAAAUUAUGGCUGGUUAUAAGCCUGCUGCUAUUCAGACAUAUCCUGUACUUGGUGAAAAAAUCACCCAAGAUACACUGUACUGGAACAACUAUAAGACCCCUGUUCAGAUUAAGGAAUUUGGUGCAGUGUCAAAAGUAGACUUUUCUCCUCAGCCUCCAUAUAAUUAUGCUGUCACAGCUUCCUCAAGGAUUCACAUUUAUGGCAGAUACUCCCAAGAACCUAUAAAAACUUUUUCUCGGUUUAAAGACACAGCAUACUGUGCAACUUUUCGGCAGGAUGGUAGAUUGAUUGUGGCUGGCAGUGAGGAUGGUGGAGUUCAGCUUUUUGAUAUAAGCGGGAGGGCUCCCCUCAGGCAGUUCGAAGGCCAUACAAAAGCAGUUCAUACAGUAGAUUUUACAGCUGACAAAUACCAUGUGGUCUCUGGGGCUGAUGAUUAUACAGUUAAAUUAUGGGAUAUUCCAAACUCCAAAGAAAUUUUGACAUUUAAAGAACAUUCUGAUUAUGUGAGGUGUGGAUGUGCUAGCAAACUUAAUCCGGAUCUCUUUAUAACAGGAUCAUACGACCAUACUGUGAAGAUGUUUGAUGCACGAACAAAUAAGAGUGUUCUUUCUGUGGAACAUGGACAGCCAGUGGAGAGUGUCCUGCUUUUCCCCUCUGGAGGGCUUCUGGUGUCCUCAGGAGGUCGUUAUGUUAAAGUCUGGGACAUGUUAAAAGGAGGACAGUUGCUAGUGUCUUUGAGAAACCAUCACAAAACCGUGACGUGUUUAUGCCUGAGCAGCUCCGGACAGAGGUUGCUCUCUGGCUCACUGGAUAGGAAGGUUAAAGUAUACAGCACGACUUCCUACAAAGUCGUCCACAGUUUUGAUUACGCAGCUUCGAUUUUGAGUCUUGCCCUUGCACAUGAAGAUGAGACGAUAAUUGUAGGAAUGACCAAUGGAAUACUGAGCGUGAAACAUCGGAAAUCUGAAGCAAAGAAGGAUUCUCUUCCCAAGAGAAGAAGGCCUGCAUAUCGAACCUUUAUUAAAGGAAAAAAUUACAUGAAGCAGCGGGAUGACAUUUUGAUUAACAGGCCAGCCAAGAAACAUCUAGAAUUGUAUGACAGGGAUCUGAAAAACUUUCGGAUCUCUAAGGCACUUGACAGAGUCCUUGAGCCCACUUGUACACUAAAGACACCUGAGAUUACAGUUUCCAUCAUAAAGGAGUUAAAUCGAAGAGGAGUUCUUGCAAAUGCCCUUGCAGGUCGGGAUGAAAAGGAAAUUAGUCGUGUUCUUAAUUUUUUGAUAAGGAAUCUUUCUCAGCCAAGAUUUGCCCCAGUUUUGAUCAAUGCUGCUGAAAUAAUUAUCGAUAUAUAUCUACCUGUGAUUGGUCAGUCCCCUGUAGUUGACAAAAAGUUUUUGUUACUUCAAGGACUGGUAGAAAAAGAGAUUGAUUACCAAAGAGAAUUACUGGAAACCUUGGGGAUGAUGGAUAUGCUUUUUGCUACCAUGAAAAGGAAAGAAAGCAAUUCUGUGUUGGAACAUACAUCUGAUGGAUUUCUAGAAAACAAGAAGAUAGAAUCAUAGUGUCUGUUUAACAAGACACAUAAGAACUCCUAACUUGGAAUAGAUUUGGCUCUGUUGACUGUGGACAAGAGAAUAUCUUUGAUACAUUUAAACUAUUUACAGAA